CCCAGAUAACUUGCAAAUAACAGGAAUCAUGCAAUAACUACUGCUGCUCUACUUUUAUUUAGUGAAUCUUAUCUGUCAUAAUAAGAUGACCUCUACACCCGACAUGGACAAACCUUCAGUUUCUAACGUGGAGGAAAACAGAACGAGACUCUGUACAGAGUUUGCUGCGAUAGCGGGAACGGACAGCGCUGUGGCUCAGUGUUACCUGGCUGAAAACGAGUGGCAGAUGGAGAGAGCGUUGAACUCAUUUUUUGAGGCUGACAUGGAAAAGGUAUUUGAAGAAGAUUUUCCAGAGUGCGACUCCAGUCCUAAAGCAAAGAGGCCAAAAACUGAGGAAAACCCUCCAGGAGGAGAAUGUAUAGAUUUAACUGGUGACAGUCCAACCUCUGCACACAAACCAUCAGAAGAAGAUGAAAACAAGCUGUCCCUGAUGUCCUGGAACGUGGACGGACUUGAUACAGACAACCUUGCAGAGCGCGCCAGAGGCCUGUGCUCCUUCUUAGUCUUAUACACUCCUGAUGUGGUGUUUCUUCAGGAGCUCAUCCCACCUUAUAUUCAGUAUUUGAAGAAACGGGCUGUCAGCUACCUAAUCAUUGAAGGUGGUGAAGACGGUUACUUCACUGGCAUGAUGCUGAAGAAGUCGCGAGUCAAAUUUGUGGAGAGUGAGAUAGUACCAUACCCCACCACUCAGAUGAUGAGAAAUCUGCUUGUAGCUCAGGUGACUUUUAAAGGCCAGAAGCUGUGUCUGAUGACGUCACACUUAGAAAGCUGCAAAGGCCACGCACAGGAGCGGAUGAAACAGCUGCGAGUGGCAGUUGAGAAGAUGAGAGAAGCACCUGCUGAUGUCACCAUCCUGUUUGGAGGGGAUACCAACCUCAGGGACACUGAGGUGGCAAAGGUGGGCCUGCCUCCCAGUGUCUGUGACGUGUGGGAGCAUCUUGGAAAGCAGGAGCACUGCCGCUACACAUGGGACACUAAAGUCAACACCAACAAGACUGUUCCCUUUGUCAGUCGCUGCCGCUUCGACCGAAUCUAUUUCCGCCCCGCUAACAAGGAUGGUGUUCCGCGCCUGGCCCCUGACCACAUGGCCCUGGUAGGACUGGAGAAGCUGGACUGUGGGCGAUAUAUUAGUGAUCACUGGGGGAUUUACUGUAGCUUCUCCAUAGGCUAGAAACACACAGAACAACCUGAUAAACACUUGUUAAAUCUUCUGUCUAAAAUUAGGUAGUCCAGUUUGAGUUUCAAAGGCCUGGUAUAGAUAUUAGCAAUGCUUCAGUCUGACUGCCACUUUCUCUUGAAGGAAGAUUUUCUGACCUCUUCUGAGGUUGACUUAUCUUCUGUUGUAUCCCUUGUUGGAGUCUUGGCCUUAAAGUGUAAAAAGCAUCAAUAAAUGUUAAGAUACCAAAGUUGAUAGUUUUAAGAAAUUGUCUUUGUCUUUAUGAAACAUUGAUUAAUCAAUCAAUCUUUAAUUGUAUAUCGCCAAUUCAUAAUAAAUAUUAUCUCCAGACAUUUUACAAAAAAGC